CCUUAUAUAACAAUAUCUCUGUUUCCCUAUCACAGUUGAAUAUAACAAGUCAAAACAGCCAUCCUUCAGUUUUGGCUAACAUUGAAUCCCCCCUGUUUCCUCCUCUCACUCUGCCAUCUAAUUAUCUCUGAGCCGUCGCCGGGAAAAAUACUCCAUGUCGAUUGCGUCUCCGUAUUCAGCUGCUGCACUAAUCGUCGCCGUUCUUUAUGCUGUUUCCAUCGCCGGUGUCGUCCAAGUAGCACUUGCCCAGAAUCGGACUCGUGCUACCACUGAUCCCGACGAAGCAAGAGCAUUGAACGCCAUUUUCGAGAGGUGGGGAAUCGAAGCGCAACCGGGGCAAUGGAACAUAAGCGGCGAGCUCUGCAGUGGGUCGGCGCUGGGUGCAAGCCCCACCAUCGACGAGCAAGCUUUCAACCCUUUCAUCAAAUGCGACUGCACUUUCAAUUCCUCCACCGUCUGCCGCAUCACCGCCCUCAAAGUAUCGUCUAUGGAUAUUGCUGGUCCAAUCCCUGAUGAGCUUUGGAGUCUCACCUUGCUAACCAAUCUGAACUUGGGUCUGAAUUUCCUGUCUGGAACCUUGUCUCCAUCCAUUGGCAAUUUGACGCGUAUGCAGUGGCUGAAUUUGGCCACUAAUCAAUUCACCGGGCCUGUGCCUAGGGAGAUUGGAUUGCUUACUGAUUUAAGAUCAUUUGGUUUCGGGUCAAACAACUUCACAGGUUCCUUGCCGUCUGAGCUGGGGACUUUGUCAAGGCUUCAACAAAUGUAUUUUGAUAGUGCUGGAGUUAGCGGCCCAAUUCCUUCGACGUUUGCUAAUUUAACCAACAUGGAGACUGUGUGGGGAUCAGAUAAUGCUCUUACAGGCCCUAUUCCUAGUUUCAUAGGGACUUGGAGAAGGCUAACAACUUUACGGUUUGAAGGAAACUCGUUUAGCGGUCCAAUACCAUCAUCCUUCUCCAACUUAACCAAUUUGACAGAGUUACGGAUAGGUGGUAUUACAAACGGAACCUCUUCUCUGGGAUUCAUUAGGGGCUUGACUUCCCUAUCCACCUUGGUCCUGAGGGACAGUAGUAUAGCUGGUACAAUUCCAUCCGACAUAUGGGGGGACUAUCCGAAUUUGGGAUUUCUGGACUUGAGCUUCAAUCGUCUCACUGGAACAAUCCCAGCCGCAGUUUUCAAUAUGAGCUCUCUCACUUUCUUGUUUCUUGGGAAUAACAGCCUGAAUGGUACUCUUCCUGCUCAGAAAAGUGCUUCACUUGUCAAUAUCGAUGUUUCAUACAAUAACAUAGGAGGGCCCUUGCCUUCUUGGACAAAUGGAAGAAAUCUUCAGCUGAACAUAGUAUUCAACAACUUCACAAUAGAUCCUUCAAACACUAAUGGCCUGCCUACCGGGAUUAACUGUCUUCAACAAGGAUUCCCCUGCAACAGAAAUAGUCCAAUAUAUUCCCAAUUUUCAGUGAAGUGUGGUGGUCCAGCCAUUACAACCGCCAGUCCUCGGCUAACCUUCGAAAGGGACAAUGAGACUCUUGGUCCAGCAACAUAUUUCGUGACCCCAACAAACAGAUGGGGAGUCAGCAACGUUGGCUUGUUUGCAGGAAACAACAAUCCUCAGUACACAUCAUUUUCGUCCUCUCAGUUCACCAACACUCUAGACUCGGAGCUGUUUCAGACGGCACGUCUCUCUGCUUCAUCUCUGAGGUACUAUGGCAUGGGGCUUGAGAAUGGCAACUACAGCGUCACACUUCAGUUUGCUGAGACUGCCAUUGAGAAUGGUAACACUUGGAGGAGUCUCGGAAGAAGGAUGUUUGAUGUCUAUAUCCAGGGGACUCGUGUUUUGAGGGAUUUCGACAUAAGAAGUGAGGCAGGAGGAGUCUCGACCCGGGCUGUUCAGAGACAGUUUACUGUCCGGGUUUCGGAGAAUUACAUGGACAUCCAUUUGUACUGGGCUGGAAAAGGUACUUGUUGCAUUCCUGCACAAGGUGUAUAUGGCCCUUCUAUUUCAGCAAUCAGUGCUCUCCCAGAUUUCGUACCAACUGUUAGCGACAAUCCUCCACGCACAGACAGUGGUGGAAAUGACAACAAGACAGGGAUGAUCGUUGGGAUUAUCAUAGGUGUCUUGGUUCCAUGCUCGAUAUUAGCUAUUGUAAUGAUCAUUAUUAUUCGGAGAAAGAGAAGACAAAGAGCCUUCGAAGAUGAAGAGCUCCAAGGGAUUGAUACCAGACCAUACACUUUCAGUUACGCCGAGCUGCGGGGGGCCACUCAAGACUUCAGUCCUUCUAACAAGCUUGGAGAAGGAGGAUUUGGACCCGUUUACAUGGGAAAGCUUGAUGAUGGUAGAGUAAUUGCAGUGAAGCAGUUGUCAGUUCAAUCUCACCAAGGAAAGAGCCAGUUCAUCACAGAGAUUGCCACCAUAUCUGCUGUACAGCAUCGUAACCUUGUGAAGCUGUACGGAUGCUGCAUUGAGGGAGAAAACAGGCUUCUCGUCUAUGAAUAUCUCGAGAACAAAAGUCUUGACAAAGCACUCUUUGGUGAAAAAGGCCUGAACCUCAACUGGCUGACACGUUACGAGGUCUGCUUGGGAGUCGCGAGGGGUCUAGCAUAUCUUCAUGAAGAGUCAAGGCUGAGAAUCGUGCAUAGAGACGUGAAAGCCAGCAAUAUCUUGCUUGAUUCCGAGCUGGUCCCCAAGAUCUCUGAUUUUGGGUUGGCUAAGCUCUAUGAUGAUAAGAAGACUCAUAUCAGCACCCGUGUCGCCGGAACAAUAGGAUAUCUAGCUCCUGAAUACGCCAUGCGUGGACACCUUACUGAGAAAGCUGAUGUCUUUGCCUUUGGAGUGGUAGCUCUGGAGGUUGUAAGCGGGAGGCCUAAUUCAGACCCAACCUUGGAUGAAGAAAAGAUGUAUCUUCUUGAAUGGGCCUGGUACCUACACGAAAACAACCGGGAAGUAGAGCUGGCCGAUUCCAGGCUCUCCGAGUUCGACGAAGAAGAACUGAAACGCUUCGUAGGAAUCGCUCUACUCUGCACGCAAGCUUCCCCUUCGCUGAGGCCAUCGAUGUCCCGGGUUGUGGCAAUGCUAUCAGGCGACAUUGAAGUGAGCACAGUUACAUCUAGGCCCGGAUAUUUGACCGAUUGGAGGUACGACGAUACGACUGGCAGCUUCAUGAGCGACAUUGCUACCAAAGGUACUACAGAUACCAGCCAUUACACUUCAUCCACGAGCACAUCCAUGGUGGCCGAUUCAGAGGUUUCUCCGCACAAUGCCUCGAAGCCCAUGCUUCAUGGGCUCAUUGGAGAAGGUCGAUAGAUAGACUGAUACACAGAUCACAAGCACAUACGAGGCAUAAUGUUUGAGGAUCUUCAGUUGCACAAUUCAGAAACUCUUUGUUGCAUUCUUGUACAUGUGUAAUCUCAUUGUCCGAUUUGAAGCUAAAGGGAGGAUUUUAUCCCUUGCUGUAAUUAGAAGAUUGUAUGCUUGAAUAAUACCACGAUUUGUUUUUCUCAUUUGUUAGUAAUUGAUACGCGGCAUAAACAAGCAGCAAUUUGAUGAUGGAAUGAAUGACUGUGUUGUCAACUUGAAAGCUGUUAAUGUAAGAUUAGCUCAUCAUCUUAUUACAGGAUCCUUCCAAGCCAUUACACAAAAUAAUACGCAGAACAGAGCAUUCCGCUGCAACCAAUCAUCCCCCCUUUACCCAUAAAUUCCUCGAACCAUCCUUCCCAAAAAAUGAAACAAAUCAUCCCAAUAAAACAAAAGGAAAAACAGAGCAUUCUCCAAAACAGGAGAGAAAUCGGGGAGAAAUCCCUUAAGCCAAUUAUAAUCUAGCUGCACAAUAUUACUCUAGUUAAACCGAGAACUAGGCACGAAACGGCAAAGAAAAAUAUAGUUGCAAAAUCCCUCGCAGACCACUUCUUCACGGCCUUUGAUUCCACCCUCAAGCUCUUCGCCCUCCUCAAAGCAUCCACUUCCUUCAACAGAUCAAAUUCCAGACCUUUCUUCUUCAACUCCUCCACGCACUUCGCCAGCAGCUUCCCGUCUUCCUUCUCCCUCUCCAGAAGCUUCUCCAUGUGGGAUUCCACAUCCGUCUUGUACCGAACCGCCCACACGAUCCCCAUCGAGCAGAGCAGCGAAGAGAGCGAGGGGAUCCAGGAUCGCUUGCACGAGGCGGAAGAAGAGGAAACAGAAGAAGCGUGGUUGAAGAGGAGAAGCAAGGAAAUGGAGUGGAAAAGGAAGAAGAAGACGUAUAGCUGCGUGAUUUCCCGGCGAACAGAGUCAAUCUGGGACUCCUUGAAAGAGACUCUGUUCAGGAUCAGUUCUUCCUCCUUCAGCCACUGCUUCAGCAAGAGCUUGUGGGUCGGGGUUUCCGCAAUUUGGUGGAGCGGGUGCUGCGGCUUCGGAACCAUGAUCGAUGAUGAUGACGACGAUGGUAGGUUUUCACUGUUUUCUGCCAUGGAAAGAUUGGAUUUAUGUGGGGAUUGGAAGGGCAGAAAGAGAG